AUGUCAACACCUCGACAAUAUCUGGGAUCCGCAGUGCUCCAUGACCACUUGUAUGCAGCAGGUGGAAAAGAUGGCUCAUCCCGCCAUAGAUCGGUAGAAAAAUACAGCCCCGUCGCGGAAAAGUGGACCGCAGUAGCCGACAUGAAAGAAAGUCGAAAAAGCGUAAGACUGGCCGUUGCCAACGGAAGACUGUAUGCCAUAGGUGGGAAUGGCACUACUGACCAAGAAACCGUUGAAAUUUUCGAUAUUGAAACAAAUCAGUGGGAACUUCAUAGUUACUUGAAUGAGGCGUGA